AUGCUGGAAAUGGAGCAGCCAAAGAAAGUUGCUGAUAGGUAUCUCAAGCAAGAGGUUCUUGGGCAAGGUACUUAUGGAGUCGUCUUCAAGGCCACUGAUACUAAGACGGGAGAAACUGUAGCAAUCAAGAAGAUAAGGAUUGGUAAACAAAAGGAAGGUAUAAAUGUUACGGCUCUCAGGGAAAUCAAAAUGCUCAAAGAGCUGAAGCAUCCACAUAUCAUUCUGCUGAUAGAUGCAUUUCCUCACAAAGAAAACUUGCAUCUUGUAUUUGAGUUCAUGGAGACUGACCUCGAAGGAGUCAUUCGCGAUUCAAACACAUUCCUUUCACCCGCCGACAUUAAAUCUUACCUCCUAAUGACACUAAAAGGACUUGCUUAUUGCCACGAGAAAUGGGUUUUGCACAGGGAUAUGAAGCCAAAUAACUUGUUGAUAGGACCUGAUGGACAGCUUAAACUUGCAGAUUUUGGGUUAGCACGUAUAUUUGGUAGUCCAGAUCGUAAAUUUACUCACCAGGUGUUUGCUAGAUGGUACAGAGCACCAGAACUUUUGUUUGGUGCAAAACAAUAUGGUGCUGCAGUUGAUGUUUGGGCUGCUGGCUGCAUAUUCGCCGAACUUCUGUUACGCAGACCAUUUCUUCAGGGAAACAGUGAUAUUGAUCAAUUAAGCAAAAUAUUUGCUGCCUUUGGGACACCGAAAGCGGAUCAGUGGCCUGACAUGACAAACCUUCCUGAUUAUGUCGAAUACCAAUUUGUCGCUGCACCGUCUCUACGUUCUUUAUUCCCAGCAGUUAGUGGAGAUGCUCUCGACUUGUUGUCCAAAAUGUUUACAUAUGACCCAAAGGCUAGAAUUUCCGUUAAGGAGGCUCUAGAACACAGGUACUUCACUUGUGCACCCGCUCCCACUGACCCUGCGAAGCUCCCAAAGCCACUUCGCAAGCAAGAAUCUAAGGCCUCUUACGGUAAACAUGAUGCAAAUAAAGUGGUAUCACCACCACGUAAGGUUAGAAGAGUGAUGCCUGAGCGUGGGAAGCUUGAUUGUUUGAAGUCUCACGUUGAAAAGGAUCAACAAGCACCCAUGUCAUUAGAUUUUACUGUCUUAGCUGAGCGGCCUCCAAACCGACCUACCAUCACCAGUGCCGAUAGAUCUCAUCUGAAGAGGAAACUCGACCUCGACUUCUAG